AUGACCUCUAAGGAUGAGUCCAAAUGCCCGGCGGUGCUGCUGGAGGAGCGGAGGAGGAACAGUCCUCUGGAUCAGCUGCCUCCGCCGGCCAACUCCAACAAGCCGCUGACUCCGUUCAGCAUCGAGGACAUCCUCAACAAGCCGUCGGUGAGAAGGAGCUGGUCCUCCCUGAGCGGAGCGACGCACCACAUCUCCCCCGGAGAGAAGCUGCCCUCGGCGGGUCACAGCCUGUCCUCCAGGUCGCUGCUCAGCCAGACCUCUCCGCUGAGCGCGCUGGAGGAGCUGGCCAGCAAAACCUUCAAGGGCCUGGAGGUCAGCGUGCUGCAGGCGGCAGAGGGUCGAGACGGGCUGUCAUGCUUCGGCCAGAGGAACAACCCGAAGAAGCGUCGGAAGUCCCGCACAGCCUUCACCAACCACCAGAUCUACGAGCUGGAGAAGCGCUUCCUGUACCAGAAGUACCUGAGUCCUGCAGACCGGGACCAGAUCGCCCAGCAGCUGGGUCUCUCCAACGCGCAGGUCAUCACCUGGUUCCAGAACCGACGAGCCAAACUGAAGCGGGACAUCGAGGAGAUGAAGGCGGACGUGGAGUCUGCAAAGGUCGCUGGCACGGUGGCUCUGGAGAAGCUCUCCAAGCUGGCGGAGCUGGAGAAGUGUGCAGCCAGCGGGAUGUCUGGAGGGCCUGUUUCUGCACCAGGACGCACCGAGCCAGACAAGGUCUCCUCACGGUCCCUGCAGGAGAGUCCAGACUACAGCAGGCCGAACAUGUCGCCUCCUUCGCCCGCGUCGUCGUGGUGCACAGACCGGCUGAGCAGCAAGUGUUGCUCGGAGGAUGAAGAUGAGGAGAUUGACGUGGAUGACUGAAAUAUGUGCCAAAGUGCCAAAUAACACGAUUUUUGCAGACAGAAACUUUACGAGGAUUUCAUCCUUUACCAGUGGAUUCUUUUUCUUGGUGGAGCUGUGCCACAUCCAAUCAAUUUCAGCAAACAUCCCGGUAUGAUUUAAAGGUCCCAUAUUA